AAUGUAAACUAGUGUCACUUAUAGUGUUCUUGAUAAAGCUCACUAUAGAACGUGAAGUUAUAAUACUGAAUGUCGUUCAAGUUUGCUCGUCAAGCGUUAAGGAAAUCCAGAUGCGUGUUAGUUAUUCGUAUACACUUAGUUUGAUUACCACUGUCAAUUUGAUGAAGAUUUGUUGCAUUUAUCAACUGGCAACACAACAUCAUGACAUCAACAAAAUCUAAGGAAAUAGCAGAUGAGUACAUCUCAUCAUUGUCUGAUUUGACGAUCAACAGUAAACCAUUGAUUAAUAUGCUUACUAUGCUGGCUGAAGAUAAUAUAGAACAUGCACCAGCUAUUGUUCAAGCUGUUGAAAAUCAUUUGCAAAAGGUGAGAAGCGAGAUCAAAUUACCUGUUCUUUAUUUGAUUGAUUCAAUUGUGAAGAAUGUUAAUGGAGCAUAUUUGAAUCUCUUCACUCAAAAUAUUGUAAACACUUUUUGUGGAGUAUUUGAAAAGGUGGAUGAGAAUACACGAGCUAGCAUGUGGAAAUUAAGACAAACCUGGAAUGAUGUAUUUCCAGCAAAGAAAUUAUUUUCUUUAGAUGUACGAGUGCAAAGUAUUGAUCCUGCCUGGCCAAUCACUGCCUCUCCCACUAGUGUUUCUUCGGGAUCUAUUCAUGUUAAUCCUCGUUUUUUUUCAAUGCCUCAACAAUCAGCAACAUCUAUUGUUUCACAACCAAUUGUAGCACCUGUUAAGCUUCCACCAGGUGAUCCAGUAACACCUACAGAAGCAGCAAUGCGAGAACAAUUAUUAAAAAAACAACGAGAAUUGAUAGAAUUGCAAAAGAAAAAAAUUGAAUUAGAAUUACUUCAAGCUAAAGCUAAUUUAGAACAACAACAACGGCAACUUGAUAAACAAGCUGGGAAUUUAAAAGCUGAACUGGUGACAGUUACAACGCAUAUUACAUCAAGCACAGAAACUAUCACACAAGGGAAACUUGUUGCAACUACUGUGCCAAGCCAAGCACCUAAACAAGUAGCUAAACAGUUUCCAGCAGCAACAGCUUCGCUUCUAAAAAAUGCAGGAAUAAAUAAUGGUCCACGAAUUGCACCAGCUAGUAGUAUAGCAGUGGCAUCAGCUAAACCUGUAUCUCGUGAUCCAAGAUUAAAGACUACUUCGGUUCAAGAUAUAUCAGUUUCAAGUGUGGAUCCUCGUCAGCGAAUAAGUACACCAACUCAAAAGGAUUCGCGGGGUGAAGCCCAAGCGCAGUUAGCAGCAAAUACAAACACUGUACUUUCAGAUCAAUUAAAACAGCAGAUACUUUCGAAACAGGCUGUGACUAGCACUAUCAACAAGUCUCCGACAAAUCUUGCCGGCUCCGAUACUGCGACAUUAAACGCUAGUAAUAACAAUAAUGCUAAUACGAACCUCAACAAUAAUAAUAAUAAUAAAAAUUUCAGUGGUAACGCAAAUAAAGAUGCUGUGUCGCAUCGAACAAGUCAAAAGAAAGACCCUCGAUUGUCUAGUAAUAGUAGUGGUAACCUAAACAGUAAUAGUUCCAAAGGUUCUCAAAAUCUAUCUGUGGGUAGUAAUAGUUCUUUAUCCGUGAGUAAUAGAGGAGGUGGGAGUAACGAUUCUAAGUCGAAAGAUUCAAAGAUUUCGAAUUCUCGAAGUUCUUCGUCGUCGACGAUCGAUAAAUCUUCCGCUUCCUCGAAAUCCUCGCAUAGAAAAGUAGGUAAUAAAUCGCGAUCUAAACAACCUCAAACAUCUCCGAGUAAAAUACCAAAAGUCGACAGAGAUGCCAGUCCUGUUAGAUCCAAGUCUCGUGAAAAAGACAGUGGAGACAGUUCACCAUCUUCGCGUACCUCUCCUCAAUCCUUUCAAACCUGUAAAAAUCGAAAAAAGAAUACAAAAUCGAGAAAGCGCAGUCCAAGCCCUCCAUAUAGAAUUCCCAGGCGUAAUGAUGCAAAAUCCAAUUCAGUUCUAAAUAAUUCUGGUGGUGUUACUGAGGAGGAGCAAUCUGGUUCAUUGAUAGUCUCUCCUCCUCAUCCACCUACAUUUAAAGAAAUCAGACCAAAUGCUAGACAAAGAAAUUACGUAAGGCGUAAUAAGGAUGGCAGUCUUAGUCCCGAACGCUCUCCAGCAAAUGCUGGAAACGUUCAAACUACUGUGGAACCAACUGUGGAAUCAUCCAGCAAGGAUGAAGAUUUGAGAGCAACUCUACCUCUUCCAGGUGCAGCCACUUCGGUAUUAGAAAAGAAAGAGGACUUAGAUUUACGUGUAUUGCCACCACCAGUUAAUACCAAUAAAAGACAAACUUCAGAACAUAUGGAAUCUGCUUUAGCAAAGAAAACAAAAGCUGAAAAAUUUGAUGCAUUAUUUGGAAAUGAAGAUGUUGAUUUACGAACAUUGACUCAUCCUAAAGCUGGACGGCCACCUACACCACCUCCACCUGUAAUAUCUGGUGAAGAUGGUAAAGAUAGUUGGGCAAAAUUAAAAACACCGUCAAAGAAUGAUAGAGAAAAACAAGCUAAUAAUAAUGAUGAUAAGCGGGAUAACAGAGAUCGUAACAGAGAUAGGUUGGGUAGACUCAGGCUUUAUAACAAACUUCCAGAUGAUCCUAAAGAAAGAAGGAGAACAUUAUCGAAUGAAGAUCAAGAUAAUAGAUCAGGUCGACGGGGUCGAGAAAAUGAUAAACCCGAAAAAAAUGAGGAUAGAAAUAUUGAAAUAAUAAUGAAACAAGCUGCUGAACAAUUGAAUCAAGGUACUAUUACUAAAACUCAAUAUAAUACACUUAUUCAAGAAGUUUUACAUAUGAGUGAAGAUCGAAAAUUAAGAGCUGCACAACGAAAAGAAAAGGAAGUUGGUUCUAUUGUAUGGGAAAAAGGUGUAAAUUUAGAUAUAACAGGUUCAUCAGAUCGUACAUCUACAUUCAGUCCUUCUGCUGAUAAAGAAAUGAUUAGAAAUAAAGAUCAUCCUAUUGCAAGAAAUCCAAAUGGUCCUAGAUGGCAAACUCAGCCUUGGCAACAACCAGGACCAUGGGCUCAUCCACCUGGACCUCCAUAUGGUGGUCCUCAAGGACAUUUUAAUUCAGAUUUUAGACCAGUUGGUCCAUGGCAGAAUCCAAGACAUUUCGGUCCAAUGCGACCAGAUUAUCAAUAUCAUGGUGGCUUUAAUCAUACUAUGGGUCCAAAUCCUCGUUUAGGACCUGGAAUGAUGGGACCUAUAGGACCGAAUGGGCCGCUUAUGUCAAAUUUAUUACCUAAUGGCCCGAUCGGACCUAUGGGUAAUCCACCUAUGUCAUUAUCUGGAAUGAAUGGACCUGGAAUGAUAAUGAACAAUGGACCAAUGACGAAUCUUAUAUCAAAUCCAAAUAUGUCUUUGAAUGCUUCAAGAAAUGUAUCACCAAGUUCAUCCUCAAAAUAUGAUCUUGAAGAUAGUGAUCAAAAUUAUACCACGACAAUGAUAAAAAAUCCAAAUCCUCAUAGUCGUGAAUUACCACCACCAGAUCCAAAAUUAUUGGAUGAAAUUGCAAGAGAUACUAUGAAAUCUAUAGAUAUAGAUAUACAACAUAUACCACGUGAAAUUAGAUAUUAUGGUCAAACUGGAGUUGUUUUUAUGAAUUGGGACGAUCCAAGAGAAAUCGGAUUUCAAGACGGUAUACGACGAGUUUUAAUCGACGAUAAAAUCACUAUAACUUGCGCAUUUAAUGAUCAAUACAAAGAAUUUAUUUAUGAAGGUGAAGUUCAUCGAAUUAAAUUGGGUGCGCCGACGAGAGAAUUAUAUAUUGAUGAUAAAUGGUAUGAAUGUUAUUUCGGUGGUAUGCCUGUAACAGUAGAUCUUGGUGGUAAAAAGGUUAGUGUCAAAUUAGAAGGACCUCCACCCCUUGUUAAGAUUGGUACUGUAAAGAGAACAGACUUAGUAGUUGCCAAAAUUAAUCUUAUUAUUAAUGCUCGUAAUAUGGUUCCUGUAUUUUUAGAUGCAAAACCUCAAAUAUUUGAAAUUGAAGGAAAACCUCAUACGCUUGAAUUUAUAGAUUCAUUACAAACAGUUCUUUUAAAUGGACGACCAUUUAAAGUAGAAUUUGGAGGAUUGCCUAAGCCUAUUAUAGUCAGAGAUAAAAAACAUUUUAUAAGAUUUUCGGUAUUACCUAGAGGUGUCCGACCAGGAUAUGUUAAGAUUGCAGGUAUGAAAGGUGAAGAACCUAUUGAAGCACCACCUACCCCACCUUUAUUGACACAAAAACCGAAAGUGGAUACAGCUUCUACACCAACGCAAUUUUCUGCCGUUGAACAUGAAUCAACAUCGCAAGAUGGUUCAGAUCUUAGAUCUACUCCUAAACCGGAUUUGCAAUUAGAUAUGUUAUCUUCCGCUUUGCCUUCUGCAAUGGCACCAUCAUCUGGAUUAUCAUAUCAAGCUGAACCAGCAGAAAAUCCACCUGCAGCUGCUCCACCAUUAUCAUUGCCAUUGAAUAUGAAUGAAUUGUUCCAGAGAUUAGUUGAAACUGGUAUUGUAUCAAAUCUCUCUGAACAAAAAAAACAAGAAGAGGAAGAAAAGAAAGAACCAGAAAUUAUUCCAGUUUCAUUUGAUAAACCAGAAACACUUAAAGUUAAACAACCAGCUAUUGCAGCAGCAUUGUACAGUGGUAUGCAAUGUAGUUCUUGUGGCGCUAGAUUUGCACCAGAAUUGGCAACUCGAUAUAGUCAUCAUUUAGAUUGGCAUUUUAGACAAAAUAGACGAGAAAGAGAUUCUGCAAGGAAAGCUCAUUCACGACCUUGGUAUUAUGAUGUAAGCGAUUGGAUACAAUUUGAAGAAAUUGAAGAUUUAGAAGAUAGAGUACAAAGUUGGUUUGAAACUGAAAAACAGACAGCUGAUACAGAAGGUAUUACUGCAGAAGAUUCUCCUCAAGAAGCUGCACAACCUAGUGUUCCUACUGGAACUGAUGAAGAUUCUAGAUGUCAAGUGUGUCAUGAUGCAUUUGAACAAUUUUAUAAUGAAGAAAAGGAAGAAUGGCAUUUAAGACCAGCAAUUAAUUUUGAAGGAAAGAAUUAUCAUCCAUUGUGUCUCGAUGAUUACAAGGAAAAGAGUCUCGUGAGAGCUUUGGAAAAAUCUGCAUUAGCGCUUGAAGAAACAAUUGAAGAAAUGGAAGAUGAAAAAAAGGAGAGCUCUGAUGAAACAUUUAUAGAGGAUAAUAAGACUGAUGAAUUAAGUGUGGAAGCAUUAAAUACUGAAUUUGAAAUAAUAGAACCGUCGAAUGACGUAAUAGAAGAUAAUGUAUCAGAAGAACCUGCUGAAAGAGAUAAUAAAGAGGAAGAAACUAUAAUUGAAGAUAAUAUAGAUUGUAUUGAACAAAAUGAAAAAAUAGAAGAACAAGAAUUAGAAUACAAUAAUAAAGAAGACCUUGAUAUAGAAAGUAUAGAAAAAGAAAAUAUUGAAACAGAAAUACCUGAAACGGAAAACGUGGAUAAAUCUUUUAAAAAUAUUAAAAUUAAAGAAGAACCAAUUGAUGAACCUGAAGAACAAUUAGAAGAAGAACAUUUUGAUUUUACUAAUAUAGAAAUUAAAGAAGAACCUAUUGAACCAGAACCAGAUCCCGAAGAAAGUAUAAUAACCGAACCUGCAACAGUUGACACAACAUAUGCUGCUGUAAAGAGUUCUAUAGACGGAAAUGUAGAAUUAGAUUCUACACCUGCAGCAAUUCCGACAGCGCCAUCUCGAAUUAAAAUUAAUAUUACGAAACCAUUAUGUAUUAAUAAAGAACCUGAAGAAUCAAAGGAAAAAGAAAAAUCUAUAAUUGAAACAUCUACUGAAGAAAUAAUAGAACCUUUGGUGCCUGCUUCUAUUAAACCUGCUUUACAAGGUAGAAAACUUUCAAAUUUACCUCCUGUGGAAAGAGGGCAAGAGUUAUCAGGACUCUGCUCAAUUAUGUAAAUAGUGUAUGUAAUGUAUUUGAAAUAUGUAUGUGCGGGAGUGUGAUUUGAAUGAAUUUGUUUAGUGCUACUUAAAAUUAAGUAUUGAUGCAUUGUACAUCAUAUUUGUGCAGCUUAUAUCACGUGAUGUAUAAUAUUAUAAUUUGAUUUUUUUUUAAAUUAUCAUUAUACCAUUCAUUUUUCUGUAUUUUACUUUUCUAUUUUUUUCAAUGCAUAUGCACAAUUUUUAUCUAAAUAUUUCUUUGAUCUACUAAUGUGGUAUAAAAAAUUAAUCACAUUCAUUUACUUUCAAACAUCACGUCGUAUAAGUUAAAGGAUAUGUGUUAUAAUGUGUGACUGUAUAAGUGUAUGCGUGUAUUUAGUUUUUAAAUUUUAAUUAAGGCGAAAAGAGAACAAGAACUGUACAUAUUUAAUAUAAUCAGUUUAGUUAGAGGCGAGAUAUGAUAUAGUAGCAUUCCUAAUAAUAUUGAGUGCAAUCGUGUUUCAUGACAGAGAAAUGUCAGAAAUGUAAUACUGAUAUGCACAAGACUAACUGAAAAUUUCAUACCGUUUGUACUUUGUAAAAACAUUUAAAAGGUAUUCGAUACAUUGUUUUCUAGAAGCAUCAUCUCCUAUUUGAUUUUACAAAGCACGAAAACGAGGUCUCAUAAAAAUAAUGAAUGAUUAAUCAAUUUAGUUAGGUGUACAAAUUGUGUGAUAUAAAAUUGUUGAUUAUAAUGUACAUAAUACCAACACAAAAAUAAUCCCGAUGAUAUUGGGUAAAAAAGAAAAACAGUUACUACUAGAAAAGGAUUAUUUUGUUGUAUAAAAAAAAAUCUUGUUAAUUAUUCGGGGUCUGACUUCCUUUGGUUGCUUAUUUAUGAUCCUACUAAAUUUACCUCUCUAAAAUAUCCUUUAUGAUAAUCGCUAUUGCUGAAUAACUUUAGAAGUUUAAAUUUUUAACUAUAAAAAUAUUUGAACAAAUAAACAGAUAAUAAUAAGAAGUUACACUUUAGUUGAGAUUUGUCUCGGUAUUUAAUAAAUCUUAUUUUUAGAAAAAAUUGAUUUAAAGUUCGUGUUGUUUUCUUAUCCUUAAUAUAAUGACUUUGUAAUACUAGAACAUAAUAAAGACUAAA